UGUCCAUCUCGCUCGCUCGUCGCCUGCCCAGUCCCGCCCAGUCCUGCAUCAUGAACCGAAGCGCCGGCCUGUCGGCCCUGAAGCGGCUUACCACAGAAUACCGAGAACUCACUCUGCGCGCCCCCGAAGGCAUCACCGCCGGCCCGAUUUCCGAGGAUAACUACUUUCUCUGGGAAGCCCUGAUCGCCGGCCCUGACGAUACGCCGUACGAGGGUGGAAUCUUCUCCGCGACGCUGACCUUCCCGAAGGACUAUCCACUGUCGCCGCCUGUCAUGAAGUUUACGUGCCCGAUGUAUCAUCCCAAUGUUUACAAGGACGGAACGGUGUGCAUAUCCAUUCUCCAUCCACCCGGAGACGACCCCAACAUGUACGAGGACUCUUCUGAACGCUGGAGUCCCGUCCAGAGCGUCGAAAAGAUCCUUCUGUCAGUGGUAUCGAUGCUGGCCGAGCCCAACGACGAGAGUGGAGCCAAUAUCGAGGCCUCCAAAAUGUGGCGUGACAAUCGUGACGAGUUCAACCGCAUCGUGCGUGAAAAUAUCGAAGCCAGCCUGGGGCUUUGAGCGCACCCGCGCACAUGGUCGAACGUCAGGCCCGCAAUGCACGAUCACCAUCGCUGCAUGGCAUCGCUGUGCAAUCCCCAAUGCACCACCAACGUGCCAGUCACCGACACCGGCAGUCGUGUUUCUCAAUGGCCCAUGCCGUCAGUGGUUGCCAUCGUGUCUAUGAUAUCGCCAGCGUCAUGGCCAGCACCGCCGUUCGACCUUUGAGCCGUGACGAUCGAUGACAUGGGUCGAUAAUGAAACUUUUCGAUGUCGCCGCACCUUUGCCAGCCAUAUGAUUGCGCGCGAGUCCUCUGUAUAUAAGUCGUGGCUUAGCAAGACAUGACAAGCAGGCAGAAUCGGCAGAAUCCAAGUAUACGGCGAUUCUGAGCGAGCGAGCGGCCUCCGUAACAGAUCAAUAAAUACGGUCCUUUCA